ACCGGGUUUCGUGUGGGUCCGGGACCUGCCGUCGCUGGUUCCGCCCGGUCGGACCUGGGCUAGGAAUGAAUUUUCCACUUCCGGACGAGGGCCGGGUCCGGAUUCUUCCCGAGUCCCGCCGGGGAGGCUGGACGAACCCUGGAGUCCUGAACGUCAAGCUGUCAGCUGAGGUGGAGCCGUUCGUUCCUCAGAAGAAGACUCCCGACUCACUGGCGAUGCCCAUGGCCCUGCCCGGGGAUGGAGGCGGCGUGGGUGUGGGCAUGGGGGGCGCGGGGGCCGUGGAGCCUUCUCCCAUCCCCAGCUACCUGAUUACCUGCUACCCUUUCGUCCAGGAAAGCCAGUCCAAUAGCCACCACCUUGGAGCCCGACGCCAGGCUGCCAGCUGCCCAGACGGUCCGCUCUCCGGGUGGGGUGACCUCGGACCGAGCCUUUUUGCACCUGGGGUGGAACGCUGGUCCCCGGGUGGUUUCGUCGAGAGCUGGUUCCAGAGUCAGCGCCGAAGACCAUUCCCACUGUACAACAACGACCUUCGAUGGCAGCCCCCCAGCCCCAGCCCCGCCGGACCCUACCUGGCUUACCCCCUCCUCUCCGCCCCGCCGCCAGUGUCUGCCGCCGAAUACACCUACUACCAGCUGAUGCCUGCGCCGUGUGCCCAAGUCAUGGGUUUCUACCAUCCUUUCCCGAGCCCUCACUCCGCCGCCUUCCAGACGGCCAACCCGGUCAGCCCCGUGGCCGCCGAGUGCCCCGAUCGCCCCAGCCAGCCCGGCCCGGCCUUCCCACUCGCCAGUCAGCGGGGACGAAGCGGAAACAGAGGACCGGCAGUGCUGAAACAGCCUCUACCGCAGCAUAUGAAAAGCAAGAGGCCCCCGGCGAAGAGCGUGGCUACCCAGAAAGAGACCAGCGCAUCCGGGCCCGAUCCCCGAUCCAAAAUCGUUCUAUUGGUAGAUGCUUCGCAGCAGACAGACUUCCCUCUGGACAUCGCCAACAAGUCCCUGUCCGAGAGCGGCGCGGCCACCGUGCUGUGGAAGUCCAAGGGCCGGAGGAGAAGGGCCUCUCACCCGGCCGCCGAGUCGUCCAGCGAGCAGGGAGCCAGCGAGGCCGACAUCGACAGCGACAGCGGCUACUGCAGCCCCAAGCACGGCAACAACCAGGCCGCGGGCCCGGCGGCCAGAAGCGCCGACUCUGGCCCGGCGAACCUCGGGGAGCCAUCGCUGAGUUCAGCAGGUGUGAGCUGGCCUCAGUCGGCUGGCCCGGCCACUCAGAAGAGACCCUGGCCAGAGAAAGCACAGGUGGCCUCCAGAGGCGGAAGACAGAUCGAGGAAAGAAGCGGUGCCCAGGCUAGCUACAGGUGCCGGGAGCACAGCACGAGCUCAGAGAGGAAGCCGAGCGGGCAGAGGAGACCGGACGUCAAGCCGUCGACCCCGAGCCAGCCAAGCAGAGCGGAGCCGAGCCCUGACUCCUUCUGUUUUGAGGACGAAGAUGAGUUCCCAGAAUUGAACAGUGACACUGGAAAUGCUAAAGACGAGAGCGGGCAACGAAAAAUCUCCACAAAAGUGUUGGCCGGCUUGCCGGAGAAUUCCCCCAUCAGCAUAGUCCAAACUCCCAUCCCCAUCACCGCGUCGGUCCCUAAGCGGGCCAAGAGCCAGAAGAAGAAGGCUCUGGCGGCAGCCCUCGCCACAGCGCAGGAGUACUCCGAAAUCAGCAUGGAGCAGAGGAAGCUGCAGGAGGCCCUGUCCAAGGCGGCGGGGAAGAAGAGUAAGACGCCGGUGCAGCUGGAUCUGGGGGAUAUGCUGGCCGCCCUGGAGAAGCAGCAGCAGGCCAUGAAGGCGCGGCAGAUCACCAACACCAGGCCCCUGUCCUACACGGUGGUCAGCGCAGCCCCAUUCCACACAAAGGACUCCGGUGGCAGAAAGCCCCCGGCCCGAGGCCAGCCCGCCCCACCGUCCCUCAAUCCUCUGGACUCCACUGCUCCCAGGGUCAAAAGAGGGAAAGAGCGAGAGAUCGCCAAACUCAAGAGACCCACCGCGCUGAAAAAGAUCAUCCUGAAAGAGCGAGAAGAGAAGAAAGGGCGUCUGGCAGCGGACCCUGCUCUCCCGGGAGCCGAGGAGCCGAGGGAGACCCCACCGGGCUUCGGGGCGGCCGCGUCGCCGGAAGAAACUGGGCUGAGCGUGCCCAGCGACACGUCCCUGUCCCCCGCCAGCCAGAAUUCUCCAUACUGCAUGACCCCCGUGUCCCAAGGCUCUCCGGCCAGCUCCGGGAUCGGAAGUCCAAUGGCAUCGUCCGCAAUCACCAAGAUUCACAGCAAACGAUUCCGAGAGUACUGUAACCAGGUCCUCAGCAAGGAGAUCGACGAGUGUGUGACGCUGCUGCUGCAGGAACUGGUCAGCUUCCAGGAGCGCGUCUACCAGAAGGACCCUGUGCGAGCCAAGACCCGGCGGCGGCUGGUCAUGGGCCUCCGCGAGGUCACCAAGCACAUGAAGCUGAGCAAGAUCAAGUGCGUCAUCAUCUCCCCCAACUGCGAGAAGAUCCAGUCAAAAGGCGGCCUGGACGAGGCUCUCUGCAACGUCAUCGCCAUGGCACGGGAGCAGGAGAUCCCUUUCGUAUUCGCCCUCGGGAGGAAGGCGCUGGGCCGCUGCGUGAACAAGCUGGUGCCCGUCAGCGUCGUGGGCAUCUUCAACUACUCGGGGGCCGAGAGUCUGUUCCACAAGCUGGUGGCGCUGACCGAGGAGGCCAGGAAGGCCUACCGGGACAUGGUGGCGGCCCUGGAGCAGGAGCACGCCGAGGAGGCGCUCAGGAGCGUGCAGAAGGCGCCCCACCACAUGGGGCACUCCCGGAACCCCUCCGCCGCCAGCGCCAUCUCCUUCUGCAGCGUCAUCUCCGAGCCCAUCUCCGAAGUGAACGAGAAGGAAUACGAGACCAACUGGAGGAACAUGGUGGAGACCUGCGACGGCCCGGACCCCGCAGACGUCGCCAGAGAGGCCGCCGGCCAGACCCCCGAGAAGCCCGGGCCCGUCCAGCAGGACGGCACCGUGGCCUGUAAGCCCCCGCCGGCCGCCGGCCCCGGCAAGGGCCCGGCCGGCGAGCGGGAGGAAGCGAGACCCGACGAGCUGGAGUGGGCGUCGCAGCAGAGCACGGAGACGGGGUCGCUGGACGGGAGCUGCCGCGACCUGCUCAACUCGUCCAUCACCAGCACCACCAGCACCCUGGUCCCGGGGAUGCUUGAGGAGGAGCAGGAGGACGAGGACGAGGACGAACAGGAGGAGCAGGAGGACGACGACGACUACCCCCGCGCCCCCAUAUCGGCGGAAGUCCAGCUGACCAGCCGGAUUGAGUCCUGGGUCUCGGAGACCCAGAGGACUAUGGAGACCCUUCAGCUGGGCAAGACCCUCCGUGCCGGGGAGGGAGAUGGCGCUGAGCGGAGUGGCGGGGAGGAGGAGGAGGAGGCGGACGAGGAGGAGGAGGAGGAGGAGGACGUGGCGGCGGCGGCGGCGGCGGCGGCCGGGGGCCCCGAGCAGGCCGAGCCGGGACCCGAGUGGACCGUGGCCACGGCGGAGAAGUCCACGAGUGGGGCCCGGAGGCGGCCCCCCGGGGGUGGCCUGCCCCGUGCGGAGGGCCCCGGCCCCGGCCCCGCCCCGCCCAACCAGUAACUCAGGAACCCGCACCCACCCACCCACCGACUAACUGUGCGAGGGGCCGCCGCCCCCUCCCCCUCGCAGCUUCAUCUCCACGUUUUGCACUGUCGGAUGUUUAAUACGUGUAUUUAAUUCCCAAUAGAAAUAUUUUUGUAGCUGUCUUUGUUACUCGUUUAAUUAUGAUCUGUAGCUUAGCUUCUAAUUGGCAUCCGAGUGUCUGUCAGAACUGUCUGAGCGAGUUCCGGUGGCAAAGUUUCAGCUGAUUUGUAAAGAAAGUAUUGCAGAAAGACCAACCCUGAGCAAAACUCUUCAAAGAUGGGAGUGUUUGGGGCCGAGCCGUAGGCCCGACGGCCGGCUCUGGGCCGGGGGGGGGGUGGCCCGGUCCCGCCUCCCCUGACGUCUCUGUGGGCUCUGGCUACUCCGGGCAGGUCCAGCGGGGGCCGGGCGCUCGGGAAGGCGGGCGAGGACGGACGGUGGCGAGGGUGAGCGGAGGUAGAUGCGGUUCUCUUCGGUCUGCGGCUGAGACUUUAGAGCCACCGAGGCCCUCCGGAAGGCGGGAGUUGGGGUAGAUUGGGUUCAUCCCUCUGAAACCUCAGCAAGGGGAAACUGAGCCCCUCCCUGUCCCCGGGGAUUCCACGCCGCCCGUCAGCGGGCGAUGGGAUGAGCUCCCCGACUCGGCCCCGGGAGCCACAUCCGGGCCCCAAACUAGGCCAACUCAGGCACUUUUCGCAGGGAGUUCCCGAGCGGCUCCCCGCCCGGGGCCGAAUCGGCCGGGGCGGCGCGCGGCCUUGGACGGUCCCAGCGCUCCCCGAGGGAGACGUCCGUGGGCCCGCUGUUGUCUGCGGCGCCCCUCCAGCCGGGGGCCGGGGGUCAGGUGCUAGGGAAGGGCUCCGAGAGCCCGUGAGACGGGGGCCACGGCGGAAGGAGGGGUCGGUGCUGCCGGCCGCUCCAGGGGAGCGGCCCCGGGCAGGGGCUUCGGCGACCCCGGUGGUGGGGUGAGGAGCCGCUGCCUCCGACCCCGGGAGCCGUGGCCUUGGGGCCGCUGAGCACGCCUGGACUCUUUUCCCGGUGCCGAAGGGAGUCUCGGCGGCCCGGGUUCGUGGGUCACCGGGGACCCGGUAGAACGAUGGUGGGGGCCUCAGCCUGGCGGGACGAGGCUGGCCGGGAAGGGCCGUGGGAGCCCAACCGAGCGUGACCGGGGCCGGGGCCGGGGUCUCCAGGAGGAGCCACCCAGUCCCUGUGGGCAGCUGCCGCUCCAGCCUUCUUGCCCCAUGGGCUGGCGUGGGGGCAUUGGGCUAGCUAAGGGCAAGGGUCCAAAAUACCGGCCAGCCGAGCGUGAGGGAAAACGAUAGUGCUAAGCUGGGCUGCUUCCAGUGCGUGCCCAUCCCCGGCGGCGGGUCUGCUGCGCCGCCUCACCCAGAGGGGCCGGCUCAGCCCAGCUCCUUCCUUGUUCUUGGCCCCGCUAGUUCACAUUGUUCUCUGAGGGACUUUGAGGGCAGGUGGCGCGUGGCAUCCCAAUUUCCGGCGAGGUCGCUGCAGAUUUUUCCAAGUGCUCCAGGCUCGGGGCUAGAGCAGACCCGGCCCCGGCCGAGGCGACGGGGAGAGGGACCCGGGGUCUGGGGCGGGGCCGGGGCAAUGGCGACAGGCAAGUUCUUUAUUUAAUCGAAGUUGGGUUUCCGUUUCCAUGUGUACAUAGGCGAUUGACACGGGGGGCCGGGACGCUCCGUAGUUGGACUUUUCUGGUUGAGUGGGUCCCUCGGUGGGAGGGCGUCUGCCCCAAGCGACACGCGUUCAGGUUGGGUGGUUGGGGGUCGGGUGGCCGUGUCGGUGACUGGUUUGCGACACCGGGGAAGAGGCCGGGAGAAACGGCACCAGCCCAUUCCCAUCCCGAGGCCUCGGGCAGGGUGAGGAGAGAAGGAAAUGGAGUGAAAAAGGAACUCCCGGCGGCGGCUCGAUGAUACCGUACGCCGCUCCGCUCCGGCCACCUCUUCUUUCCCUCGGCCGGGGGAAGCGGGCCGGGUCGGGGUGGGGAGUACGUACGGUCUUGGACGUGAAGGUGUGAAAUCGUAAUCCAAUGUGACUAUGUGUAGGCAAAAGUAUUACUGUUUUGAAAAGCUGCUGUUUGCUCCAAAGUGUCAUUUUAAGUAUUUCCUGUACUGUGUGCCAAGCACUCGAAUGUUUCUGGAGUCCCUUGCGCGUCGACCCUGUUUGUAAAGAUUAAAAACUCGCUCUCCACUUCAGAUCUGUUUCCCAGAACCCCUUCCCACUCACAUCUCUCCUCCCUCCCUCCCCUCCCCCGCCACGCAAGGCCAAGCCUCCCGAGGCCACUCCGGCCCCGGCCUCGCCCACCCGCGCCGGGCCAGCCUUCUCCGGCCCGCUGGCGCCCGGAUCCUCCGGCCACGGGGCCGAGACCGGUUCCGGCCUGCUGUGGGCGCGGGGAGUUCCCCGAGCUGCCGGAGGGUCCGGCCAUCCGUGACAUGGCACUCGGCUUUAGCGUGCGACCCGCGACCCCCAGGCUCCUCUCGGGGCGGCGGGCGCCCCGGCGGCGAGAGGGGGCCGGGGCUUGGGCGUGUUCCGUUCCCGGUGGGCGGGCGGGAGAGAGGGAGUCUGAUGCGUGGACCACGGCGGGAAGAACAGCAGCGCUUUUGCACUAUGUACAUACCGUGGGGAUUCUUUCAGAACUAAUAAACCGAUUCUCGAUCCGUC